AUGCCAAAACGAUUCCUCAAUGUUGAAUACGACACACUUACUGCUGAAAUCGAUGUGACUGACUUUGAAGACCUGAGUGGAGUUCAGGAUGCUAUCAAGUCUGAGUAUGGUCCUGCUAUGGCUGACAUUGAUGCUCCUCAACUGCAACUCUACACCGACAGUUCAGCAUCUGCUGCAGCCUCACCCGCACUACUGGAUUUUUGGACUGCUUUCACAAACUACCCUAACCCUCUUGAAGGAAACACUGUUGUCCAACUUCCAGCAGACGUAUUCAUCCUUGGAAACCAUUCAAUUGGAUCAUCCAUUUACAUCCGUCCUUGUUAUCCUAAACUUUUUGAAAAAUCACUAUCUAUUGUGCAAUCUGCUGAUAUAUGUCGUUUGAUCAUCCUUGGAAAUCCUGGAAUUGGCAAGACAUAUUUUGGUUACUUUUUGCUGUUGCAUCUUGCUCGCUCUGGUGCUACAGUCGUGUAUGAGAGUGGAGUUGAUCAAAAAAGAUAUCUGCUUACUCCCAAUGGUGUAUUCGAAGGAGGAAAGCAUGCUUUUUGGAAAAUCUUGGAUUCCUCGUCAACAUUCUACAUUGUUGAUGGCUCGGCACCUGUUGAUGUUGAUGCCAAGACCAUUCUUGUUACUUCACCUCGUUGGGAAAUUUGGCAUCGGUUUUCCAAGGGGUCCUGCGACAUUCGGUAUAUGCCAGUGUGGUCAAAAGAAGAAUUGCAUUCUUGUCGCUCAAUGCUUUUUCCUACAGUCCCACAAGAAUUGGUACAAAGUCUGUAUUUGAAGUGGGGAGGAAUUGUUCGUUAUGUUCUUAAAUAUGCAUUGGUAAAAGAACAACAGGAUUUUUUCGACAAAGCUUUAAAUAUUUCCAAUAUCGAUUCAGUUGUCAAGUCUUUUGGUAAAUAUGGUGAAAACCUAGACGCUUCAAGUUGUUUGAUUCAUAUAUCAGUCAGUGAUGGCUUCCACAGUGGUCCUUAUCAGUUUGCUUUUGACUAUGUGGUUGAUGAAAUUUACAACCGUGUCUAUGCCAGAGACCGAGAUCAUCUUAUCAGAUUCGUUUCUGUCACUCGAGAAAUUGGUGAAACUGGUCAACUUAAUAGGGCAUUAUUUGAAAAGCACGCUCAUACAGUCAUCGCUAAAGGUGGUUCAUUCAAGAUUCGUGAUUUACGUACCAAGCUGGAGUCUACACUUCAACUGCCAAUGGAUCUUAGUACUUUGUUAUUCUCCAACAAUUCUCAAGUUCAAAACGCAACGAAUUGCUAUUUUCGUCCCAUUAGCAAUAUUUUUGAAUCUGUUGAUUCGUUCAUCAAGCCAAAUCUACUUUUCCAAAUGACCGGUACCAAAGAUCAUCCUUGCAAACAAACUGAACUUUGUGAUGUUUUGGAAAUACUUGGUAAUCCGUCAAAACCAGAACUGUAUUUUGUUGUACCUCCUGAUCGUUUUGCCUGUUUUACACGCCAAAGCUACCACGGAACAGAUGGUCAAGUGUUGUCACAAAACGAUACUAUUGCGAGUGUUGAGAAGUUGACUCGAUUUGUUUUGACGUUUGAACCAUCUCAUCAAUAA